GAGUUUUUAGUUGAUCAAUAGUAAGCUUAGUUCAGAUCAUGUCGAACCAAGGUGUUGCUACUGAUGGCACAAGCAGCAAAGCUGGUGAGGUCAAGAUAUCUGAGGAAAGCAAAAGUUUGCAGGGUGGUAAGAAGCUUUCCGUACUCAUUGUUGAUGAUGAUCAACUCAUCCAGAUGAUGCACGUAGCCCUCGUGAAAGCCUCUGGAGUGGAUGCAGAAAUCCUGAUAGCUGAAAAUGGAGAGGUGGCAGUUGAUCUUUGUCGUUCCGGGAAAUCCUUCGACUUAAUUCUCAUGGACAAGCAUAUGCCCAUCAUGGAUGGAGUUCGGGCGACAAGGGAGCUACGCAAGAUGGGAGUCAAAAGUAUGAUCAUCGGAGUGACUGCUUGCUCCAUGGAUUAUGAAGUGAAACCUUUUAUCGAAGCUGGUUUGAAUGAAUGCUAUCAGAAGCCGCUAGAUCCUGAGAUGACGAAGUCGAUCCUUGCAAAACUCAGCAAAGGCAACUGACUGAUAGGUGAUAUGGUUGAUUGUUCUAUGUAAUCAAAAGUUGUUCGUUGUAGUAAAAUCUCAAUUAAUGCGAGCUCUAAAUAGAGGAACAAUCUACCGAAAUUUAAAUUGAAUAAAGGGCUAUUUUGGCUAUUCUUUUC